GAAGACGUCCACACGUGGAUUCAACAUGUCUGCCUCCCGUGUUGUGGUACGUUAAGAUAUCAAUAUCUCUUUAGAUCACCAGUUUUAACCUUAUAAUUUCAUAAACUGUACAGUGAAGUCUAUUUAAAGCAGACUUACAGCUGUAUUAGAGCACCAGGAUGGCGCAGAAGAAGAAGAAACUGACGAAGAAGAAGAGACACAGUGCUAAUAGAGAGCAGGAGGCUGACUCUGACAGCGGAGACUUUGAGCUGGCUGCUGAGAUUAAAGACGAUGAUUCUCCAGGGAGAAGGAUGCCAAGGUUCCCGGCCUCCUCUGAGUACCUUUCAGAUGUGGAGCCAGACACCAGAGAGCUGGUCAGAGCUCAAAACAAGAAGAAGAAGAAGUCUGGAGGCUUUCAAUCCAUGGGCCUCUGCUACCCUGUUUAUAAAGGCGUCAUGAAGAAGGGUUACAAAGUCCCAACUCCGAUCCAAAGAAAGACCAUCCCUGUGAUUCUGGAUGGGAAAGAUAUCGUGGCCAUGGCGAGGACUGGCAGCGGUAAGACUGCUGCCUUUCUGGUGCCCAUGUUUGAGAAGCUGAAAGCCCCUCAAGCCAAAAUGGGAGCCCGGGCUCUCAUCCUGACACCCACCAGAGAGCUGGCACUACAGACCAUGAAGUUCACUAAAGAGCUGGGGAAGUUCACCGGCCUUAAAACUGCCUUGAUCCUUGGUGGAGACAGGAUGGAUGAUCAGUUUGCCGCCCUUCAUGAAAACCCAGACAUAAUCAUCGGUACCCCUGGUCGUCUCAUGCACGUCAUCAAAGAGAUGAACCUGAAGCUGCAGAGUGUGGAGUACGUAGUGUUUGACGAGGCUGACAGGCUGUUUGAGAUGGGUUUUGCUGAGCAGCUUCAGGAGAUAAUCGGCAGGCUUCCAGACACCAGACAGACUCUGCUGUUCUCUGCCACACUGCCCAAAGUGUUGGUGGAGUUUGCCAGAGCAGGGCUGACUGAACCAGUUCUGAUUCGUUUGGAUGUGGACUCAAAGCUCAGUGACCAGAUAAAGCUGUCAUUUUUCCAUCUGCGUGUGGAUGACAAACCUGCGCUGCUGCUUCAUCUGCUGAGGAACGUAGUGAAGCCUCAGGAGCAAACCGUGGUUUUUGUAGCCACCAAACACCAUGUAGAGUACCUGAAAGAGCUGCUGUCCUCUGAAGGUAUAGAGUGCGCCUACAUCUACAGCGCCCUCGACCAGACCGCCAGAAAAAUCAACAUCGGGAAGUUUGUUCAUCGAAAGGCAAUGGUGCUGAUCGUGACUGAUGUUGCUGCUCGUGGUAUCGACAUCCCCCUGCUGGACAAUGUCAUCAACUACAACUUCCCCUCCAAGGCCAAGCUGUUCCUGCACAGAGUUGGCCGUGUGGGACGUGCUGGUCGCAGUGGCACAGCCUACAGUAUGAUUUGUCAAGAUGAGAUGCCUUUUGUUUACGAUCUUCACCUCUUCCUGGGACGUCCUGUGCAGUUUGCCACUCCAGAGCAUGAUAAAGAUGCAGAUGGCAUUUAUGGUCGGGUCCCUCAGAGCAUCCUCGACGACGAAGGUUCCCAUCUGAUCACGGCCCAUGAGAACUCCCUGGACCUGCAAAACAUGCAUCGUGUGUCUGAGAACGCCUACAAGCAGUACCUCAAGUCUCGACCGAACCCUUCGGCUGAGUCCAUCAGACGGGUGAAAAGCACAGAUCUGUCCAGCAUGGCCAUUCAUCCACUGCUAGGGUCAGAUUUGGAGAAAAUGGAACUGGAGCGUCUUCAGAUAGUGGAUGCCAUUAAAGGCUACAAAUCCAAAUCAACAAUUUUUGAAAUCAACUCUAACAGUAAAACGCAAGCGAGUGAGGUGAUGAGAGCCAAACGUUCCAAAGACACAAGACUGGUGGAAAAAUUCAGCAAACAGAGAGAUGACCUCGCUGCAGAAAACCAACUCCAGGGUCCAGCCAACGCCACCAACACAGACGAGGAUUUCACACACUCAACAGGCAAAGAAGAAGACACUCUACAGGGGGUGUUCUCUGCAGUUGUAGGUGGAAAAAGAAAAGGCCCACAGGAGGACGGGGAACAGCGGCCAAAGAACAAACGAAGCAAACAGUCGGGCAAAGAUGAGGAGUUUUACAUCCCAUACAGACCCAAAGACUUCGACUCUGAGAGAGGGUUAAGCCUCGGUGGAGAGGGCAGCGCUUUUGAGAAGCAGGCGUCCUCUGCUGUCCUGGACCUCAUGGGAGAUGAAGGAGAGAAACUCAACCAGCACAAAAAAAUAAUGAAAUGGGACCGAAAGAGGAAACGCUUUGUGACAGAAACAGGAAAGGAGGACCAGAAGAAGAAGAUCCGGACAGAUGGUGGUCAGGUCAUCCAAAACAAGAAGAACAGAAAGAACUUCUAUGAGGAAUGGAAGAAGAAGUACAGGGUGGAUGACGGAGGAUCAGGCUCAGAUGGUGAAACAGGAGGGGGGAGACGACCAGCAGGAGGUCGGGGUCGAGGCCGUGGCCGUCGAGGUGGAAACCCCAAUAAUCCAAACUUUCAGAGGCCUUCGGCUCCACAGCAGACACCUGGCGGCAGCAGAGUGCGCUCAGAGCUGAAGACGCGCGAGCAGAUCCUGAAACAGCGCAAGAAACAGCAGAAGCACAAGUUCCUGCAGAGCGGAGGACUGAAAAAUCUCCGUAAAAAGAACAAGCAGUGGCUCGGAGAAGUGAAGAAGUCAGGGUUUGGACGGGGGGGUCAGAAGAAGGGUAAGAUGAGGAAGAAACUCUGAGGAGCAGAAAGACUUAUGUUAUCUUCCUGAAUCACCUUAAAUAAUUUAACACAGUUUUUCAUAACUGUAGAUAAAAGAAGACGAUGGUUGAUGAGAGCAUUUCUAGGCCGGAAAGAUGAACUUUGCCAUCAGGCAUCAUUUCCUACAGGACUUUUGAUUUGAAAAGAUUAUGUGUACUUAUAAUCCAAUAGAGGUGUGCUACAUGUUUAGCUACAUGUUUAACUUGUGGCCAAAUACAGAAAAAAUAAAAGACAUUGUGCAUUA